CCUUCAUCCAAUUCCUACAUUCAUCUCUUUCAUCUUUUUUCUCCAUGAAGAACCAACCGAUGAAUUCGCGUUUCCAUCAUUCCCCUGCUUCGCUUUUUGUGCUCUCCACAAAGUCCACAGGCGUUAUUGCGGCUGUCUCGGUAGGACUGGCAGCAGCUGCACACCCCUAUGGCGCCAGAUUAUCACACGGCGGACUCUUGCUGUCUGUAGGCGCAUUACAAUGCUGCUGGCUUGGAGCAAACAUGGCUAUUUCAUUCUUCGAAGCCCCUGUUAAAUUCCUUGCUCCAACGCCCGCUCGUCGAACUCUGAUCGACGUAGGCCGUCAUGUCUUUUCAGCUUUCAACAAGGUCGAGGUCGCCUUGGCAGCAUUUGAUCUCUUGGGAUGGUAUUUGAUCACACAACGUGGACUUAUCAACAGCUCUGGCUCUGCUUUCACAACUACUACCACUUCAGGCUCCGGUACUAUUCGCUCCAGCAGUUUCUUUACAGGACUUCGUCAGUUGAGUGCUCACCAAUGGGUUUUCCGAUUCGCUCCUAGUCUCAUCGUCUUUGUCUUUGAAAGCUUCGGAUUCCUACCAGUUCUUCGUGACGUGGGUGCUCGUUAUAUCGAAGGACGCCCUGUUGAGACUAAGAGGGUCCAUGGCAUCUAUGUCCUCCUCGAGGUCGUCAAGGUUGCCACCUUGGCCGUCAGCACCCUUCGCGUUGGUAAAACUCUUUUGAAGAUGCUCUAAAUAAACAUAUUGCCUUCUCAUUUUUCUUUUUCUUCUUUUUUUUAUAUCCUUUGUUCC